AUGUUGUUGAACGAGCUCGUCAAAUCAGGUCCAUUGGCCAAGAUCUGGUUGUCUGCCCAUCAGGAGAAGAAGUUGAGUAAAGCUCAAGCGUUAGGUGUGGACGUAGGGGAAAGUGUCGAUGCUAUUUUGACUCAAGAUGCCGCUCAACCACUUCGAUCGUCUGGACCGUUGAUGUUGGGUGUGGUGAGGAUCUAUUCGCGUAAGGUUGGAUACCUGUUUGAUGAUUGUAAAGAAGCCAGAGAACGUAUAUCACUUGCCUUCCGACCUGGUAUAGUAGAUUUACCCGAAGAUCAAGUACGAGCGUCCAAAAAUGCCAUUACUUUCCCAGAUGUGCGAAACGAAUUUGAUUUCUUAGAUUGGACUUGGACAGGUCCAUCGUUCACCCUUCCCGAAACCACCUCAGCAGCAGAAGCGCCAAUCAACUUACCUCGUUCUCGUGAAUUCGGUGCAUACAACUUCGGUCGACCAGCUGCACCUUCCAUUUACGGUGGAUCAACUGCCGCGUCCAGAGCUUCUCAAGAUCUAGGUGAAAGUGCUCUCGACUCGAAUGAUUUCUCAGGGGUAGACCUAGGGUUGAACUUGGAAGGAGAAGGAGAUAUAACGAUGGAAGCUGGAAGAGAUGUGAUGACUCCCAUGUCUAGGUAUAGUAGGGAACGAAGUUUGGGCGCAAAGCAACGAGGAGCGAGCAGAGAAUCAGUAGGAUUAGGUAGUAUACAAGGUGGUGGUAUUGGUGGGAUCGAACCGGUCGAUCUUGGCUUAGAUUUUGAGAAUUUGGAUCAACCAUUGCCGUUACCUGAAUUGGAAGUUCCAGAGGGUGAUAGAACAAGGAGAGAGACAUCUGCUCUAUCGACUCCACCUCCUCUUUCUCCACCAUCCAUUCCAGCCGAUAUUGCGGCUCAAAUUGCUGCUGUCCCUCAGGCAGCCCCCAAAGUUAAGAAGCAGAGACUCAUGCAAGCCGAUGCCGAACUUGAACUUCCCGAUGAACAACGAGACCUAUCAGCUAUACUAGGCGAAGAACGAUAUAUCCCUUCUGAUCCCGAUGCUGCCAGACUUCAAGAGAUUAUGGCCGAUCCUUCGUCCCACUUCUUACCUAUCAUCAGGAUCGGUGGGGAAAAUAUGAUUUUCGCUGGACCUCAGGGAUUAGCACCUGAAUUAGCUGAAUUAUUCACCUUCCCUUCCAACGUUCUUCGGCGAAGUAGAGGUACAGAGGAAGAAGGUGAGCGAGCAUCCAAGAGACCUAGAAUAGAAGGAGAAGAGGAGGAAGAUAUCGAAAAUGUAAGAAGGGUUGAGAGGGGGAGUGAAGUCCCAUUUGAGAUGCCUUCAGGGUACGGAAUGGAAGGUAUGGGAGGUGACGAUUCGUUCGCAUUUCAACCUGAAAACUUACCGUAUGAAGAACCGCUCCUUACUACACCUCGUGCGGGACGUGUCUUACCGAGAGAAAGAGAACCUUCCAUCGCAUACUCUAGAGCAGAAUCGAUAGCUAGGGAAAUACAGUAUGGCGGAGAAGCUGGAGAGUUCACUUUAUCGAUGUUUGAUUCUCGAACUUCUGCUGCAGCAAGAGAAGAAUUCUCACAAUUGAGUCAAAGUCAAUUAUCGACUCCUACCAAAUCGAGUGAGAAGACGACCGCGAGUGGGUUCUCGAAGAAUACCAGUAUGGCUAUGGGAUUAUUGAGGAAGGAGUUGGAUGCCAUUGACGAGGAAGAUAAGGUGGUCUCGUUCGAACAGUUGGCCGAUAAGUCCACCAAACGAGCAGCUUCUUCAUUCUUCUUUGAACUUUUGGUUUUGGGUACUCGAGAUUGUGUCAAAUUGGAACAACGGACUCCGUACCAAGAUAUCAAAGUCCGAGGUAAAGAUAAACUCUGGCCUGAAGGUGAAGGUGUGGAGACUGUCGGCGUAACCGCUUAG